AUGCGCAGAUCAACACUGGAGAAGCAGAAGCAGAAAGACUUAUUACUGCUGCAACAGAGUAAUAUCCGGACGCUGAAAGCCUGGCUGGCCGGGGCCGGGCCACUCUGUCAUCCAAGCGACGCCAGCGAAUCGAGCAAGUCUGCCUUUGGCGGGACUGCUGUUGCUACUGCGGGGGGCGAGGAGAACAAGCCACUGGAGGGCCUACUUGCUCAGGACCCGCUCUUUUCCCACCUCAUCCACGCCAUCCAGCCCUCAUCCACAACGCCUCCAAAGCACUUGUCCCCCUAA